CUUGCUGUCAACUGGAAAACAUCGCUACUGACAGGCUAGCGUAUGCAAAUAGAGGAAUGUUUACAGUGUUUACAAAAUAGCCCGAAAAAUGACCUUCGAGGAAGAUUUGAUUGCAAAAGUUCGUGCAAAUGAGGUGCUGUACAAUGUGAAAAAUGUGAACUACAGACGGAAAACGGACAAGGAUCGGCUGUGGCAACAGAUUGCCUAUGAAUUAAACUCCUCAGUGGAUGCUUGCAAGCGACGGUGGAAGAGCUUGCGGGACAAGUACAUCAAGCUGAGCCGCGUGGAACAGUCGGCACGGGGAACGUCCGAUGAGGAGCACCCGAAGAAAUGGCGAUACUACGACAGCUUGACAUUUCUCCAGGGAUGCAAAGCAACACUAUCUACCAGCCACUUCCUAGAGAACAUGUAUCUCAGCGAGGAUCGAUUUAUAGACAUCAAGUGUGAGCAUCCGCUAGCGCGACCAUUCGGGCGCGAUGAUACCACGGUGGCCGGCACCGUAGAUGCGCUCAGUCCCGGAAUCGUAUCAGGUGAACGGUUUACAAUAACCGAAUCCCGUGGCCUUACCACGGGGACACACGAGCUGUCGAGCGGUGCCAGUAGUGGAAGCCGCAAGCGCGACCUAGAUCUCAUCGAGUCGGAGUGCAUCAAAAUCAUCCGGUCGGCGGCAGAAGCGAUGCAAAUGGAAGCCAAUUCCCACAUUCGCCGAAGCAGCACGCAGCUCCUGUUUGAAGCAUUGGCACAGCGAAUCGACGAGGCGAAUCUUCCGGCCAGCCGACUCAAUGCCAUCCAAACAGCCGUCACCAAUCUGGUGUACUCGUCCUUAUGAACGGCACUCGAAAGGAGAUUUAGAGCUAACCAGUAAGCUGCUGUUUUGCAAUCCACCGCAAAGCUGCAAUCGGAGGUAAUUGGUAGAGAAAUAGCAGUGGAAACGUUUUUAAAUUUAAAUCUUAGCAAUGAACGAUGCUUGCAAGCCAUGCACAAAACAUGCAUUGGGGAUGAGGGGUUUUUUGUCCCCCAUAAACCUCAAACCGCUGCAAAUUAUAGUGCUCUCUUUGGCUACGGGAAUCGAAGGCGGAAAAGCCGAAACGGAUGAUUGUAUAAGUUUAGCUUGUUAGGUUAUCUCCAUUAGCUUUAGACACGCUCAUUUUUAGAAAAUGUUUUUUCUAACGUUUGACCGAAUGUAUUCAGCAACGAAAAAGAAGAAGGGAAUAUUGUUUGGCAAACAAUGCAAAACAAACGCGUAUGGCUCCUGUUUACUUACUUAUUUGUUUUACGCAUAGUAUAGCAGCAUCCCGGUACAACAAUCUACGACGAUAUGUAACGGCUACUAAAGGCAAUAAUAAAGCGUAUGUUAUAUGUGCUUUUAAACUA